AUUAAGCCAUAGCCAUGAAAUAUCACAAACAGAAUUUUUCAAAAUUUAUCUAAAAACAAACCAUAAUCCUUUUCUUUUUCCUUAGAUUGCGGCCAUUUUUAUCAAAAAAGCACCGCAUUGGCCACCAUUUCUAAUUUAAACUAAAAAAUUCUCGAAAUACGCAAAAACACACAAACUCACGCACAACACUAAUUCUUUUUCGUUUUUGUUUUUUGAUUUCCGUUUGUUUUGCUUUUCUCUCCAAUCAAAGAAUAACCGACAACAAGUACAGUUCCGGCGACAUUUCUGCACGCAUUUCAACAUGCAUUUCGCCAAACUAGACGAUUCGCCGAUGCUCCGGCAACAGAUGCAAUGUCUAGAAGAAAGUGCUGAGCUAUUACGAGGUAGAUGCUUAAAAUUCACCAAAGGAAGCCGCAAGUACACUGAGGGGCUUGGAGAGGGGUACGAUGGAGAUAUUGCUUUUGCAAGUGCUCUUGAGACUUUUGGUGGAGGUCAUAAUGAUCCUAUUUGUGUUGCUUUUGGAGGUCCUGUUAUGAAUAAAUUUACAAUUGCUUUGCGCGAAAUUGGGACGUACAAGGAAGUUCUUCGGUCGCAGGUAGAGAACAUUCUAAAUGACCGGUUGCUACAGUUUGUGAAUGUUGAUCUACAAGACAUCAAGGAAGCUCGAAAACGAUUUGACAAAGCCGCCCUCAUCUAUGAUCAGGCACGUGAUAAGUUUCUUUCAUUGAGGAAGAGCACAAGGAUGGAUAUAGCUGCUUCUAUAGAGGAGGAACUAUACAAUGCAAAAUCCUCUUUUGAGCUGGCGCGCUUUAAUUUGGUUAGUGCUCUUUCUGUUGUUGAGGCCAAGAAAAGAUAUGAGUUUCUAGAGGCUGUUAGUGGAACAAUGGAUGCUCACCUUCGAUACUUUAAGCAGGGGUACGAGCUAUUGCAUCAGUUAGAGCCUUUCAUUAACCAGGUCUUGGCUUAUGCACAGCAGUCUAGGGAAUGCUCCAACUAUGAGCAAGCAUCGCUCAGUGAAAGGGCACAAGAGCACAUGAGGCAAAUUGAUAGAGAAUGUAAACACCCUGGAGGUGUUGGUUCUCCUAGUAGUGGAGACGGUAUGCGGAUUUUUGCUAAGAAUUCACAUAAAGUGAUAGAGGCAGUUAUGCAAUCUGCAGCCAAGGGGAAGGUUCAAACCAUCCGACAAGGAUAUUUAGCAAAGCGUUCCUCAAAUUUGAGAGGUGACUGGAAAAGAAGGUUUUUUGUUCUGGACAGCCGAGGAAUGCUGUAUUAUUAUCGUAAGCCUUUCAGCUGGACAACAGCAGCUGGAAGUCAAUCUUCUGUGCAGAGGAAUGUUUCUGCUGAUACUGGCCCAGGGUUGCUUAGUAGGUGGCUUUCUUCUCAUUAUCAUGGCGGAGUACACGAUGAAAAAACUGUUGCACGUCACACCGUAAACCUGUUAACGUCAACAAUAAAGGUUGAUGCAGAUCAGUCAGAUUUAAGAUUCUGCUUCAGAAUUAUUUCGCCUGUGAAAGUUUACACAUUGCAGGCCGAGAAUGCAUUGGACCAGAUGGAUUGGAUUGAAAAGAUUACUGGAGUGAUAACUACAUUAUUGAGUUUUCAAACACCUGAAAGACGUCUUUCUACUAGUCAUAGAAGAAGUGGUGAUCAUCAUUGUAACAGUGAAAGUUGCUCAUUAGUGGAUUCUUCUGACAUUGACCGGAGAGAGAUCGAGGAAUUCACAUCUAUAAUUCCCUCUAGAAGUCAUUUACAUUCAUCAAGACUUUCACUACAGCAAGACUUUUCUACGAGAAGUGAAAAGCCAAUUGAUGUGCUGAGAAGUGUACCUGGAAAUGACAAAUGUGCUGAUUGCGGUGCGCCUGAACCAGACUGGGCAUCCUUAAACCUUGGUGUUCUCGUAUGCAUUGAAUGUUCCGGUGUUCACCGUAAUCUUGGUGUACAUAUAUCAAAGGUAAGAUCACUAACACUUGAUGUCAAAGUGUGGGAGCCGUCUGUCUUAAAUCUGUUUCAGUCACUGGGAAAUAUUUAUGCAAACUCCGUUUGGGAGGAGUUGUUGCAUUUAAGAACUUCCUUUACCGGUGAUGACAUGGCUAAGGGUUAUCCAAAGUCAGAUAGACAGAAGCUUUUCCAUAUAAGAAAACCAACUCAUGAUGAUCCUAUUGCUGUUAAGGAGCAGUUCAUUCAUGCUAAGUAUGCAGAAAAAAUAUUUAUUCAGGCAAUAAAGGAUGAGCAGCAUCUCCUUCCAGUGGCGGAACAAGUACGGGAAAGGGUCCACAGUAAUGACAAGAAAGCAGUUUACCGCCACAUUGUUUGCUCUGGAGCAGAUAUCAAUGCCAUCUCUGGGCAAGCAUCAUUUUGUGACUCGCUGGACAAUCCCUUGACAAGCUACAUGAAGUCCAUAGAUGAAAAUGAAGAAGAUCAGCCUCUUAAAGAUUUUCCUGAUGGCUGUUCGCUUCUUCAUCUUGCCUGCUUAACUGCUGACAUUGGCAUGGUGGAGCUACUCUUACAGUAUGGUGCAAACAUUAAUGCUUCUAAUUCAAAAGGACAGACACCAUUGCAUCAAUGCAUCAUGAACAAGAGACCUUCCAUGGCAAAGUUGCUUCUCAUGAGGGGAGCAGAUCCACAGGCUCUUGACAAUGUAGGAAAUACCGCGCUUCAGCUUUUAUCAGAAUCAGCCAUUGAUGACGGUGAGCUUGUUAUUCUUUUAACAAAGUAAAUGAUGAUCACUCGAAAGAAAAAAUUGUAUCAUACUUUAGAAAAUUCUGAAAAUCAGAUUCCUUGUCAAGCAAAUAACCAAACAUUGUUGGUCUAGCUAGGUUAUGUUUGUUCAAUCUGUCAUAUCCAGGAGUGUGUGAAUAUUGAGUUCAGUAUCUGUAAAUAGUUGCCUUCCUUCUCAGAGUGCCACUUUUGUUUCUUGGGACUCUGUUAGAUUGUAACUUCAAAUGUUAAACUACUUUGUAUAUAAACUACUCUGACAAUUUACAGAGCCUCAGUUUCAGUGAAUCAGACAAAUUAUUGUUUAUUAGUUCCA